AUGAAGUUCUUCACCGUCAUCGUCUCUACCCUCGCCGCCAUGGUUGCCGCUGCUCCUGCCGCUGCUCCCGCCAGCACUGAGGUUGACAAGCGUGCCUUCGCUUUCGAUAUCAAUGCCUUCAACGGCCUCAAGGGCUUCAACCAGGUCAACCUCAACUACCUCCUCAACAUCAACUCUCUGCAGAUUGGUCUCCUCGGCAACCUCGCCAACGUCAACAACUUCAACAUCUUGCAAUUCCAGGGUCUCUUUGCUCAGCAGAAGUUUGAUCUUCAGGCUCUCCUUCAGCUCCAGCAGCUCCACACCUUCCUCCAGAUCCACCAGCUCGGUGUUCUCAACGGCUUUGAUCUCAAGGGCCUCCAGCUCCAGCAGCUCCAGCUCGGUCUCCUCAACAACGUUGGCCUGCUCGAUCUCCAGCAGUUCAUCUCCCCCAACGUCAUUGGCCAGGUCACCACUAUUGGCAACUCAGGUCAGUAA